UUAGAACAUCUGAUUUAGCGUCAAGCAAAAUGCCGGUCGAAAAUUUAGAAGAAGAGGGUCUUGCUAAAAAUCCGAAUUUACAGUUAGCUCAAUGGAAAUUUGAGCUUGGAUUGCCUCAGAAUAAGAACAAUGAACAGAUCAAGAAUGAACUUCUGGAAGUUGUCAAGGCUGAUGCCAUGGCACCUUUUUAUGAGGAGCUUUGUAAAGAUCUGAGCUGGAAAUCGGAUAGUAAACUCCUCGCUAAGCUGAAGGAAGAGAACAGAGUAGAACUCGAGAGAUUAGAUGCUGUGAUAAAAGACAUGGAAGCCAACCUGACAGAGACGGAAAUUCGAGAUGCUUGGCUGGCCAAGGCAGAAUAUCUCUGUAAAAUAGGAGACAAGGAUGCGGCCGUGACGGCGUUCCGUAAGACGUACGACAUCACCGUGGCGAUCGGUCACAAGAUGGACAUCGUGUUUCACCUGAUCCGCAUCGGCCUGUUCUACUACGACCACGACCUGAUCACGCGCAACAUCGACAAGGCAAAGUCGGAUGCAUCAGUUGUGAAAGGCGCAGAGAUCUUGGAAGUACUCCACGGUCUGCCGGACACCAGACUCCUACUCUUCUCACUCUACAACUGCCAGUACGACAAGUUCUUCAAGUCCUUAGCCAUCUUCAGAACUUCAGAAUUCGUCACAGUUGUUGAACGAAGUGUGACGAACAAGUCACACAGUGUGACGAAUUCUGAAGUUCUGAAGAUGGCUGUGACGGGUGAUCACAUUAAGAUAAAACCGAUGUUCCUGGCUGCACUGAUGCUUGGCCUGACAGCUGUUAGAUGUAGGGCCGAUGGGCAUGAGGUACUAAACGGCACUUCACCCGCCUUCGCUACUACCGUGCGAGGAUGCGUGCUCAGCGUACGCACGCUGCUGGAGUCCUACCGCAGCCUCACCCUCAGCUACAUGGCCGACGCUUUCGGCGUGUCCGUCAACUUCAUGCGACAAUGUGAGCGUUCGGAACUGUCGCGGUUUAUUGCCCAGGGUCGGCUGCAUUGUAAGAUCGACAAAGUCAGCGGCAUCGUGGAAACAAAUCGACCAGACAGCAAGAACUAUCAAUAUCAGGUGAGGAACAUAGUAGUUCAGUAUAUAGCUUAG